CGAUUUUUGUGGUUGUUAUUUGUAAAAAUAAAGCUGUUUAAUUAAAUUUAUGGUCAGAAGAUUAUAUAUUUUACAAGAAGCAGUGGUUGAGAAAAACUAAAAUCGCACAAAAUGGAGCAAAACAUGUCUGUUAUUUCAAUGGUUUGCAGAAUUUGCUAUGAUAAUGAUAAAGAGGAACCUUUAAUAGCGCCCUGCAAGUGUAAGGGCACUGUGGCUUUUGUACACCGUUCUUGCUUGGAAACCUGGCUAGCAGAAGCAAACGCCUCGACCUGCGAGUUAUGCCAUCAACCUAUAAAAACAGAACGCACCCCCAAGCACACCACAUUUCAGUCCAUUUGGAUUUGGUGUAAGACAGCCUCAAGCGCUGGACGAGGUUUAAGGGGCGACAUAUCAGCCUGUAUUUUUAUAACGCCUUUUGCUAUAGUUAUAACAUAUGUUUGUUUGUUUUCUUCUGAUUAUUAUAACCAAAGUAAAUUUAGUACCGUACCAGCUGCAAAAUGGACUUCCAUAUCUUUAUUGGCAAUGAUUGCUGUUAUGUUGAUUGGUUAUUAUUUGUGGACUUAUUCUGUUAUAAGGUUGCAUGCAAGGCUUUGGUACCAUUGGUGGCAGAGAGAGGCCAUUGUCAGAUAUAUUCCAUCCAGUUCAAUACAUUUGUCAGAUCAGGAAACGGCGAUUAAUCCACCAAGCAAUACUCCAGCAUCACUAUCAGAUGGUGACAUUAGUGAUGUGGAAAUUGUGAACUGCGUAAAUUUCAGUGAUACUUCAGUGAAAGCCACAGUUGAAGAGAUUAACGAGUUCCAUAGGGGCGAUAACGUGCAGUAAAAUUUGUUGUUUUAAUUUAGUAAUAUUAAUAAAUCAC